AUGCGAGCCUUUGCCAGCAUGCCUGUCCUCUGCGUCGUCGGCUCCCGUGGUCUGUUCUCUGUCUGGCUCGCCCCGGCCAUGAGGCUUCUGAGCUCAGUGCGAUUCGACUGCAAUCUCUCGAUUGUGGCUCUCAGCGAGGAGGCCAAGGUGGCAGCCCUGGGAUCCGAGGACGGACAAGUGAUGGUUCUUGACAUGAGCGACGUCAAGGCCCCCCGGACUGUCUUCUCCUGCCCUGCUCACUCCUCAAGGGUCCUCGGCCUCUCCUUUCCCUCCCCCUCCCUCCUCCUCUCUGCCUCCUCCGACGGCUCCGUCGUCUUCUUCAGCAUCUCCCGUGGCUCCGUCUCGCUCCUCCGGCGCCUGCAGAUGGAGGAGGUCCUGUCGGUAGACAUGUACCAGCAGACCCACCUGUUUGUCAGCACAAAGUCCCGACGCCUCUUCAUCCUCCCCGUCCCCGAGCAUGGCGAGGAGGAGCAGGAGCAGGAGGCGGUGACCCGGGGAGGACAGGAGGAGCAGGAGGGCGCUGUGCUUCCAGCCGCCAUGAUCAGCUUCAAGGUGAUCGCAAGCUCGCAGCCCAACGCCGGGAGGCUCGUCGGCUGGCUGGCCGAUCGCUCACUCCGCUCCUUCACCUUCACCCUCCUCCCGCUCUCUCUGCGGGAGAUGUCCAGCUGUAAAGACUUCUCCUCCCCCGGCACCAGCCUGGCCGUGAGCGAGGAUGGAGAGGUUCUCCUUGCGGGGGGAGCAGACGGGCGGCUCUACCUCAAGACCCUGGCGUCGCUGGAGGGUGGGCUGCAGAGGAGCAGGCAUCGCCGCCUGUUGUGGAGGCUCCCGUCAGGUCGAGGAGCAGGGAGAGAGCGGGGGGAGAGGAAGGCAGGAGUCUCGUGCCUGGAGCUGGGGAACGGAGCCAUGCGAGGAUGGUUCUUCUCGGGAGGACACGACAGUGCCAUCAUUGCGCAGCCUCUCAACAGCAGGAGCUCAAAGCCGUUGGACUUCGUCCCCUCCUCCUCUCCUGGCCUCCUCGCGCUCCUCCCGAGCCUCGAGGAGAACGAUGCACAGGAGGGAGAGGAGGCGGCGGCAGAAGGGGCGGGGAGCGCGGAUCCUGUGCUGGAGAAACGAAAGUCUUCGAUUCGGAGAAGGAGAGCAGAGGAAGGAGGUGUUAUCCGGGAGCAGCUGGAAGACCUCAAGGAGAAGUUUGACAUGAUCCUCUCCAACAACCGAACUUGCCCUGAGGAAGAACGUCUCAAUCGGACCGACAUCAUUGUUGACGUGAAAGAGCGACAGCGAUUGCUCGACAUGGCGGACGCGAUGGUCGCCAAUGUGCGCCAAGAAAUCUCCCGAGUCAACGACGCCAAGGAGGAGGAGGCUCUGCAGAUAAAGAGUUUGUGCUUUGAUGCCAUGGAGGUCACUCAACUUGUUGUCGUUCCUCUCGGCAAGGGAUCAGAACGUCUUUACAGUUUUCCGUUGAAGAAGCAGACGGAAGAAGAGCUGAAGGCAUUCGAGAGAGUUACGAUGAUGAGAAAGAUUGAGAUGAGAGAAAAUGAACUUCGGGUAGGAAUGUUGGCAAUGAUGAUGAUGAUGAUGAUGAUGACGAUGACGAUGACGAUGAAUGGAAGGUUUGAAGUUUGA